AUGUCAACUAACUCUUAUACAGCAAGCCGGCCUCAACUUGCCCGGACAGAUUCACGACAGUCUGUUGCUGCAUCUGACGACUACUAUUCAUUCUCGGACAGAGCUCCCUCAAGUCCCGACAGUCAAGUGACUGUUAUGCGAUUCAGGACUCCUGAUUCUCGUCCAUCUUCCAACUCUUCUUCUCCCAAUAUGCAACAGGAAAAUCCUACUGCAGGAGGCUUUGGGUCUCCUCGCCCACCGACAGCCAGUACCGUCCGGUUUGGAGAUGACCGAGUCACUCACAUGCGCCCUCAAUCAGAGGCGGCGCAAUCAGACGAGACGGCUCGUCGAGUUCCCAGCGACUACGCUGGCCCUGCACCCACCCCAGGCCUGGACGACUCCCCGUACGUCCGCUUUGCAAUCGAUCAACUUACCCAGGACAGAUCUGGGGGCGUUUCAAGACACGACUCUCUUUCUACCACUACGACGGGCGACUACCCAACUGACCGAAUGGUUUGGGAUGAAGGAUUGGGUUAUUUCACUCGCACGCGCACUCCUCUUCGACACGACCCGCCUCCCGUGAGGCCGUCUUACACUUCUCCUUCGCCACAGGCUUUGCCCCAACCACCAAUGUCUGUGGAGCCUGAGUCUUUUAUGGCCGUUGAUGUACCCGAGCAGAGCCUUUUGUACCCGGCUUUGGACUACCUUCCCAUUGUGCUACGUCCGUGGGCCUUGGCACUAGCCGUUUUCACCACUUUGCUCAUGAUUGCUGGUGUGGUCUUCUGCAAUAUUUGGUCCGACCGCCAUCAAGGACUUUGGAAUUAUAAUGGUCAAGGUGGCGCGCGCUACUUUGUCCUACAGUUUUUGCCUCAAAUUUUGGCUGCUCUCAUCAUCAUGUGGCUGUUCGUUAUCCAAGCCGCUCUAUAUCGCAUUGCACCUUUCUCCAUGAUGUCGGCCGAGCGACAGAAAGGUCUUGUCAUUCAAGGCCUGCCAAUGCUCUCCAAGAGCUUUGUCUUCCCUGAUUUCUCACAUUUCCAGAAUGGAGAGCCACUGUUUGGCUUUGGUCUCUUCACGAUCUGGCUUUCUAACUUCUUCGCCAUUCCUCUACUCAGUUGCCUUUUCCAGGCAAAAUACUAUCUCAUUGAGGGUGAGGGUGUCUGGAGAUGGGCAUCUGUUCAGUCUAUUGGUUGGACAAUUGUUGCUAUGUACGGUCUCUUGGUAAUUGGCCUGGUGUUAUUAUUCUUGCGAUUCCUUCGCAGCAGAUCUGGCCUGAUGUGGGAUCCUGUGAGCAUCGCGGAUUUGAUCUCGAUCAUUCAGCGAUCAAACAUUCUGCAUGACUUCGAACACUCUGAAACCGUCCCUUCAGUCCGGGAGUCUCUUGAUCCUCGUGUUCUUCGACUGGGCUACUGGAAGUUGUCCAGUAAGCCCGAGGUCUUUUACGGACUUGGCGAAGUUGAUGCCCCAAUUCGAACACCCUCUCUUCACCAGACCGACAAGAACCGACAGAAGCAGCCAAACGGUCUCGCAAGAGUCAACUAUGAUAUUGAGAACCAGGGCGGACUCUCCAAGGAUCCCGACAACCAUCUCUUCUCGCAAUCCACCCGCUACCGCUGGACACCUUGGUUCCUCCGCAAAAUUUCAGUUUGCAUCUCUGUGGUUAUUAUGAUUGCUCUCUUAGUUGCAUUUGUUGCUGUCAGCUUCAUCGACAACGGCAUUAAAGGAGGCUUCCCCCCCAAGCUACCAACUCUUCCAUCGACCAAGGCAUUUUCCUCCUCCAACUUCCUAUACAGCUUCAUUCCAGCUCUGAUUGGCAACGUUCUCUUCCUACUCUGGCAGCCAAUCGAUGUGUACUUCCGUGCCUUGCAGCCCUUUGUUGAGCUCUCUUCUCCCAGUGGCGCAUCAGCGGAUAACAGCAUCCUCCUCGCCUACCCAUCCAUGUUUCCAUUCCAAGUCACCAUCCGCGCCAUCCUCAACCGCCACUUCAAAGUUGCCUUUAUCUCUCUCAUGAGCAUGGUAUCCCUUGCCAUCCCAAUCCUCGCUGGCGGCGUGUUCAUCGCCCUUUGGUUCCCUUCUCACGACGACAUCCGCAUCUCCGCUCUGAUGCCUGCAUUCUAUGCCCUCGUCGCUUUCUGUGCUCUAUAUGCGGUCUCUUUCCUGGCUAUCUGGCCCGGCCGUCGCCGCUAUCUUCCUCACGACAUUACGACCCUUGCCGAUCUGAUGAGCUUUAUUUACCAAUCCCCUCUCCUGUCCGAUAAGAUUCUUCGGGAGCCCAGGAGCAAGACAGACCUUGUCACACGUCUUAUUGUUGCACCUCCUUCCGAACGCCAACUGCCUCAAUAUGGCUUUGGAGUAUACAUCGGUCGUGAUGGUAAGGAGCACCUCGGUAUUGAUCGGUUCACUCGACCCGGUCGGACUGAUAUGCUCAUUACCACUGGUUCUAUGAAAUGA